CUCUCUCUUUUUGCCUUUUUUCUUUUUGAUAUAAGCACUUGAAAAUCUGUGUACCUUGUUUGGAAUUUUGUAAAAGCCAUAGUAAAAUAGCUUCUGAGGUUUUUUGGAAGUUGCUCUUCAAUUCUGAUUUCCCUUUUUUAGCAAAAAAGUUUCCCUUUUUUGGGAGUUAUUUGGCCAAAAGUAAAGAAGGUUCUUGAUCUUUGAUGAUUUCCUUGAAAACCAACUUUUUUCAUCAGAAAGAGAACUAGGCCUUUACCUAUAAAAUAUUUGGGAAAUUUGCUAGCUUGUUCUUGGUAUUCAAAGAGGGACUAAAGUUAUAUACAUCGUCAGUGAAAACAUCUUUUAUAGUAUCGGCGCAGUUCAACUUAUUAUACCAGAACAAUACAAAACAGGGCGUAAAAUAUGGAUGGAGAUUUUCAAGAAGAAGAUAUAUGGAGUCAUCAUGUUAUGAAGAGGAAAUUAUCCACUGCUCCAAAGGUGAUUCCAAGAGCUAAAAGUGCAAUUAGCAACCAUGAAUCCAAAGUGCCACAACAAUCAUCAGUUCCUGUUGAAAUCCCUGAUUGGUCCAAAAUUUAUAACAAGAAAUCAAGUAGUUAUAAUGGAAGUGUUGAUGAAGAUUGUGGUGAUUUUGGUGAUGGAAUGGUACCACCACAUGAAUAUAUAGCUAGGAGGGUUGCUAGAAGUCAAAUUGUUCCUUCUUCUAUGUGUGAAGGUGUUGGGAGGACGCUUAAGGGAAGAGAUCUUAGUAAAGUGAGGAAUGCCAUUUUAACCAAGACUGGUUUCUUGGAAUAAAAUUAUCAUCAACAUCAAAAUCAUUAUAGUAAAUUUUAGUAGCAUUCAACCAACAACAAUAGGAGGCAACCCAUCUUCAUCUUGUGUCAUUGUCAUUUUUAGUAUCGCCAGAGUUGUCUUCGUGUAACCUAUAGGUUAUAGGUUCGAGCCAUGGCAUUAGUCACUAGUGAUUGCAUCAGAGUAGGUUGUGUACAUCAUACUCCCUUGCCCUUGUGGUUCAGCCCUUCGCCGGAUCCAUAUGAACGUGGGAUGCUUCGUGUACCAAAUUGUCCCUUUUUAUAAUAUUUCUUAUUAGCAAGGCAAGAGGUUGUCCCUAAUUGAGCUA